AUGAACUUUGUCAACUCAGAUCUUGACAAAAACAUCACCUUUGUUCGUCCUGCAUAUUUUAUAAUAAGUGGUUUUUCUGGCAUCCCAGAUAUCAAGUAUUAUUAUGUCUUUCUCUUUUUACUUUAUAUAGUUUCAGUGCUGGGAAACACACUUGUGAUGUUAAUAAUAUGCUUGGAUCAUAAUCUGAGAACUCCAAAAUAUAUUGCGGUUUUUAAUCUAGCAUUUACAGACCUGCUUGGUAGCUCUGCUUUGGUGCCGAAGGUUCUUGACAUUUUCCUGUUUGACCAUCCCUACAUCUCCUACAACGACUGCUUGACAUUCAUGUUUUUCUGCUUCACCUGCCUUUCAAUGCAAGCUCUUAACCUGGUUGCACUUGCCUAUGACAGAAUGAUAGCCAUCAUCUUCCCACUGCACUAUCAUGUGAAGGUGACUCGCAGGUUCAUGUUUUCUUUGAUUGGCUCUUUCUGGCUCUUUGUUAUUACUGUUAUACUGAUUGCAGCUGGCAUUCUCACAAGACUUUCCUUUUGUAAGUCUGUGGUUAUUGACAGCUAUUUCUGUGACUAUGGUCAAAUAUACAGACUGGCUUGCAAUGAUAAAACACCUGGUUUAGUCAUUAGUUUUUUGUUACCAUUUCUUAUUCUUUGGCUUCCACUGGUAUUCAUCGUAUUUACUUACUUAUAUAUCGGCUAUGCUUUGACUAAAGUGGCCACAGUUCAUGAGAGAGUGAAGGCUUUUAAAACCUGCACAGCUCACAUGUUAUUAGUGGCCAUUUAUUUCUUCCCAGUAAUAAUAACCUUUGCCUCAUUGGGAAAUUUACAUCCAAAUGCCAGGAUCAUAAGUCUGUCUCUCACCUUUGUCUUUCCUCCCACAUUGAACCCAAUCAUUUAUGUUCUGCAAACACAGGAAAUCAGAAAGUCUGUAAAAAAGUUGUUUCAAAUCAGAGUUCAGUCCAAAAUUGCAAUAAAAAUGUAA